AUGGCUCCCUCGUCUGUCAUUCCGCCCCGUCCCGACGUCAACCUCCGUCAUGCGACAGUCGAUGAUGUGGAUACCCUCGCUGCCAUCGCUGAUGCGGCAUUUCAGACGGAUUCACACACUCAACUCAAAGCUGUCUUUCACGGCGACUCCUCAUUUAAAGAUGGCAUGGGCGAGGGCUUGAAAGGGUGGCUACAGUCGCCGAAGGUGGAUCUCCUAGUUGCCGAGAUCUCGGGCAAGCCGGCUAUCUCGGCCGAUACCAUUGAUCCGGCCAAGCCUCCGACAAUCAAGGAUCUUGAAGAUCUCGGUAACGAAUCUAUGCAAUACUGGGUCAACAGGCUGCAACCGGAAGGCUGCCGGUGCCGGAUUGUGAUCAGCUGCGUAGUCCAUCCGGACUUUCAAGGGAAAGGAAUUGGGUCACGCCUCAUACGCUGGGGCACGGAGAAGGUAGAUCAGGAGGGAACUUACUGCUGGGUUCAAUCUUCGAUGGGUGGGGUGCCGGCAUACGAGAAGUACGGUUUUAGAGAGGUCGGCAGACUGGAGGCUAACCUGGAUGUCUACGCCGAGGGUAACAAGCCUGGUGAGAGGUACGAGAAGAUCACAGGAAGCGCAGACUCAUGGGGAAAGUAUGAAUGGGUCUACAUGAAGAGGGUUGCCACCCUGUGA